GGCCGAAUCGGUACGGAUAAAGUUGCGAAGUUAAUCAUCGACGAAUCGGAUCCUAGACAAUCCUCUUCCAGUGACACUCCGCUUUAUCCGACCUUCAGAAGAGCCCCAUUGACUGCUUCACAUAACUCAAACCCAACAAAAUGUCAGCAGAAGACGGAUUCAUCGUCAGAGCCAGGGGUCUCCCCUGGUCAGCUACUGCUGAUGAUAUCAUCACAUUCUUCAGCGACUCCGAGAUUGAGGGAGGUGCUGAUGGUAUCAAGUUUGUCCAUCUUUCCGGAGGGCGCCCUUCAGGAGAAUGCUUUGUCAAUUUCAAGACUGCCGAAGAUGUUCUCAAGGCCCUGAAGAAAAACAACAAUCACAUCGGUCAUAGAUACAUCGAAGUAUACAGAUCCAAACUCAGCGAAAUGGAAUGGGUAACAUCAAGAGGCGGAGAAAAGGCAAAGGAGGAGAAUGACGGCUGUGUCCGACUUCGUGGUCUCCCUUUUGAUUGCAGACCCAAUGACAUUGUGGAAUUUUUCAAAGGAUACCAGAUUUCGGAAGAUGGGAUUACAUUACCAACGGAUUACGAUGGGAGGAGCACGGGGGAAGCGUAUGUGCAGUUCGUCUCAAAGGAAGUUGCUACGGGGGCAUUGUCUAAGCACAAGUGUGAUAUGGGACACAGGUACAUUGAGGUAUUUCAGUGCAACGCAUCAGAAGCGAAACACGCAAGUAAUAACCCGGGCAGAGCUCGCGGAGGAAUGAACCGUCCUGGACCGUACGAUCGCGCUGGUCCCAUGGGUUCGGGCCGAAGGGGGAUGAGGAAUUCUGGAUUUGAAAGAAGGUCUGGUGGAUAUGGUGGAUAUGGCUAUGACGAAGACUACAGCUUUGGCAGUGGGUACGGAUACGGAGGAGGAAGAGGAGGAGGAGGAGGUGGUGGUGGUGGUGGUAGUGGAUAUAGUGGGCGUGGCAUCUCCGGACCAGGUAGAGGGGGAUGGGGAGGUGGACCUCAGCCGCUUCUGCCAAGAGGAGGAGACUUCGCCAAGCGUGGUUACGGAGGCAUGGGCGGUGGCAUGGGAGGUAGCAUGGGCGGCGGCAUGGGCAGUGGCAUGGGCGGCGGCGGCAUGGGCGGUGGCAUGGGUGGCGGCAUGGGCGGCGGUGGCAUGGACUAUGGUGGUGGUGGAGCUGGUGCUGGUGGUGACUACGUACCAAAGGCUGGUUACUCCGUCCACAUGAGAGGACUCCCAUACAAAGCAACAGAGGAUGACAUCACCCAGUUCUUUGGACAAGUUGCUACCCCCUGCAAUGUUGUUAUUCAUAAGAUCAACAACCGUUCCACGGGUGAAGCCGAUGUGGAAUUCCAGACCCUUGAAGCCGCCAAGGCUGCCAUGUCCAAGGACAAACAGGAGAUUGGACCUCGUUACAUUGAGCUGUUCCUUAACAACGAUGAGAGCGCUGGCGGUGGCGGAGCUGGAGGAUAUGGCAGUAGCCAGGGAAACUCUGGAGGUUACUCGGGAGGUGGCUACGGAGGCGGUGUCGGUGGGGGCUACAGUAGCAGCUCUCUAGGAGGAUCUGGUUUGGGUGGUGGUUACAGCAGUUUUGGUAAUGGCAACAGCACUGGAUAUAGCAACACAGGGAUUAGCGGAAGCACAGGAAAUAGUGGUUUCUAUGGAUCAGGAUCUAGCAGCGGCACUGGGAUGGGCCUUGGAAUGAACAGGGGAGGAAAUAGCUUCUAUUAAAUUUAUUUGUUUUCUCCAAGUUCAUCCGUGUAAGUGACACUAUCAUGUACGCCAAAGGUCACCAAAGGCAACCCAUUUGUUCCACUAGACUUUCUCAAUCACAUCUCUACCAAGGAUGAAGUCAUUCUGCGCCAUUUCAUUUUGGGUUUCUUGUUUUCAUGUCCUUAAAUAUUUCAAUUGUAUUGUCUUUUUAAACUCCCUUGUGUAUCUGUCUUUUCUGCUGAACUAUGUUACAAGGUGCAUUGUGCAUUGGUCAACUGGGUCACAUUAUAAUGUGCAUUUUAUAUAAAUGUUCUUUAGGGAUGUAGUCCAGGCUGGUAGUUCAGAGUCUCAAGUAAUGUUGUAACCCGCAAGUGAAAACCCGAACCGUACCGUCCCGUAUAAUCCAAUAAUUUGCAAGCGGGACCCGCUGACCCGUCGGGUUUUAACCCGCAAGUAAAUUUAUCUUUUGAAAUGAAAAUUAUUUCUGCAAUCCCCACACUAUACAGGCUCAAAUCACGAAAAUAUAUGCCAACUACUAACCUAGCCUAGAGUGAAUUUACUUACAAUUUGCAAAUUCGCCUUUUAUUCCGGAGAGAAAAUGUUUUUGGGGGUUACUUUGUACCCGAAAUGGGUCGGCUCUGAUCUCGUAAUCGAAAGCAUUGCGCAAUUAACUCCUCGGAUCGGAGCCGCAGCUCAGCGCGCGCUAGCUACAUGUAGCACAGGCUGCCCAGCAAAUUCGAUGUUCAGUUUCCCGUCGCCCGCCCGCGUUAUGAAAUUUGGACCGCGUUUAAAAAUCAAAUUCUGAAAAUAAUUCAUUAUUUUACUAUUUUGACAUAGAUCUAGAUUCAGAACUGAUAUAAAACAUUAAUAUAAAGCUUUUCAGUCACAAUUACUUGUAUAUCAUGUAAAUACCUGUAAUUAUUUUCUUGUUUUUUUCUUGUGAAUGGAAUGACACUGCAUGCUCAACCACACCUCGAGCGAUGUUCGUGCAGGCUCCACUCAACUUCACUUCUGCUACACUACGCUCUACCUACCCGAUGUAGCGGUAGUGAAGUGGAGUGGAGCCUGCAUGAACAUCGCUCGAGGUUUGGUCGAGCUACCUCAAUAAAUCCCAUAGUCUAGUAACCUCGCAUUGGUGAGUUGUCAUACGGCAUAUCAGACAAAAAAAUCAUCAAACAAAACUCAAUCUGUUUUACAAGGCCGACAGGAGGCUCACGCACGUACGCAUUGGCGCUUGUACUAGCUAGCCAGUCUGAGCUCUGUCUCUCUGCCAGAGCUCUGGGGGACAAUUCGCUCUGUAAAGGCCUCAAUGAUGGUGAUUUUAUGUUUCAGACAGAGUUUAUAUUUCGGGAAUAUUAUUCAAAACUGCCAAUAAAGUUAGAUGAUUUCUUCAUUGUCAUGUAUAUUUAAGUUAUUAAUGAGUUCAUUCUCACCAAAUUUAGACUCCCCCAUAGAGAAAUGCAAUUUUCGUGGAGAUCUGCGUUUUCAAAGAACAUCAGGAAAAGUUAGGGUAUGUGGGCCUUUAUUACAUGGCCAAGUACUGGAAUUAGAUGGAGUAGAAAUUAGAUAUUGAAUUCAUUUAUAUCCAAGUUCAACUCAUAGUCACACCCACACAAACACACCCACAUCCAAGAUUCUAAGCAUUAAAAAAAUAACUUUAAAAUCAUGCAAUAUUUAAACAAUAAGUAAUAAUUGAUUUAAUAAAUGAACAGGGAUUCCUCAAAAUACAAAAACGUAGCAUUUGAAAAGAGCCCCCGAAAUGAAAAAAGUAGCCUCCAAAACGGUAGAAAUGGAGACCCUGAAAUAUUACAAAAAAUGAAAAUGGAACCCCCGAAAAAAAAUGAUUGAUUUGCUCCCUGGCUUCAAGACAGUUCCACAGAAUAAAAGUGCGUUCAAAGGUUACAAAAGGUCAAACUUUCAUCUUCUGGAAAAUAAUGAAUAAUGAAAUCCUCAUUAUGAGCUGGAAAAAAUGGGACGGGAAACUCGACAUCGAGUUUCAUUGGCCUAUGCGAUUGUUUUUUACUAGACUGUGCUGCGCUGCACUGGCGCGCGCUCCUUCUUCGAAAGAGCAACUCGAUGUAUUUAUGUCGAACUGGACUCAGUCCUGUUCACUGUUCACAAGACAAAAAUACGCCAGCAUUUUUUUAAAAGGAAAUAUCUACGUCUCUAAAAGAAUCCGCCACGUAAGAAGCACAUGAUCCUAACUCAAUUUUCAUUGUUAAUGUUUUUAUUAUGCGUCGUUACUUAUCCCUUUUUUUUCGCAUGACGGUCUGCGGGUUUGAGAAUGAACUCGGCCCGGCCCGCAACCCGCGAUCGGGGGCAUACCGGCAGGUUAACCCGUACCGCAACGGGUGCGGGUUACAACAUUGGUCUCAAGGCCACCGGGUAAAACAUUCUUCUAUAGAUUUCAUGCAUGUCACUUGGGCUGAGGCCAAGGCCGGCAAAAUGUGGCAUGAGGCCGGCCUGGACUACAUCCCUGAUGGUUAUACACCUAAUCUCAAUCAGUACAUUUAUUUUUUAAUAAAUUUUCAUUUUAAUUGAUUUUUGAACAAACAUGAAUUCUUCUUGAUAUUUUCUGUGGAUAUUGUACAGCGACAGAAAAUCUAUACUGAUGUGGAAUAAAAAGCUGACCCCUAUUGACAGAUAAUUAUUCCAAAAUAAAUGUAUUAGUAUGAAUAAGGGAAAUGAUUGUCAUGAUUGUUUGUGAAAGAAACCCGGCUAUGUAACAAUACAAGUUGUUUCCGACUGUCAAUCUGGAUUUCACUUUUAAAUAUUUUUAUGUAGAUUUUUUGUAAAUGUUUGUUUUCCCAUGGACCAAGUGAUAAUUUUGUCUUUGUGAUUUUACUACUUAGUACAUGUGCAGACCUACUCAUUUUAAGCCUGUUUUAUACUUUUAAUGCUGACUACCAUUUAGGGGGUAAAAAACUUUAAAAGUUCAGUUUCGUUAUUUUGUGAUUGUUAGUGCUGUAUGCUAUGAUCCUCGGGAAGUUAUUAUUUUCUGUGUCCCGGCUUAACUUAUCAUACAUUAGGGCCUGUUCAUAAAUUUCUCCCCAAAUCUGUCACCACUAUAAAAUGCUCAUGAUACGACAGACCUCCAUAUUUAUAUUUAUAACGUAUGGUAAAUAUGAGCUAACUCUCUAUCUCUUUACGUAAAUAGUCACAUGAACAACUAAUGACAUGUUAUUUAGUACUAAUUAGACUCUCCUAGGUAUUUGAUUAGUUCACAACUUUGUGCCACCAGGCGUGAAAAGGAUCUCGUUAUCAGCAGAAUUAGUUUUGUGCCAAUGCAUAUUCAAAGACAUGUACAAAACUAUGGAGGUGUCUUGCAAAAUGUUCUCCCCAGUGUUUGGUAUUCUGAAGAAAUUGUUGUCAUACCCCUAUGAUGUAUAUAUUGCAUUUUGAUCAUGGAUUUUAGGAUUUCUGUUCUUUUUCAUGGUGUGAUCAGUGAAUUAAAGUUCAAUCACUUGUCAAAAGUAUUAAUGGUUUUACUUCAAAUGAUAUACUAUUUGGAAGUAAGUCGAGUCAAUGUGAAGUGUUUAUUAUGAGAGGAAGAGAUUAAAGUGAUUUACACAUGUA